AUGGCCGUGGCGGCGACCCUGGCGGCGGUCGGAGGAUCUGCCUGCUGCUUCAAGCUGCUGAACGCCGCCGUCGGAGUCCUGCCGGCGCCCGGGGCGGCAGCCAAGAGAGCCUGGAAGUGGAGGAAUACCUGCACCUCUUUAGCUCACAGUGCUCUGUCGGGAGCCGGGGCCUUGAUAUGGUUCGUACGGAUGCACGGAGGUUACUUCAUCCAUGAUUUCUUGGACUUGGCCUUGAAUGAGCCGUUCAGAAAGUCCUGGGAGGUUCUGCUUCACCACUCAAUGGUGAUCUCCUGCUUCGGCUUCGCCCUGAGGUCCGGUGUGUGUGUGGGCUUCGCCGUGGCGUCCCUGCUGGUGGAGAUCCACUCGGUCUUCCUUCACAUCCGGCAGCUCCUCCUCCUGUCGGGUCGGACUAACAGGACAGGAGAGGGAGCCGCCGCUCGCCGGCCCUCUCUCGUCUACAGCGUCGCCAGCUGGCUCAACCUGGGAGCGCUCGUCGUGUUUCGUCUUGGCACGCUCUGCUGGAUGACCCGCUGGCUGACUCGCCAGACUCAACGUCUGCCUCUUUUCGUCCUGAUGCUGGGAACAGCUGGCCUUAGUCUUAUCUCCACCAUGAGCCUGGGGCUGUUCUACCGACUGCUCCGAGCAGACGUCCUCACCAACCCUGGCCAGAAGCACUAG